AUGGACAGCCUACAGCAAUGGCACUUGAUAGCAAGAGCCCUCUUUCUUCUAACAGGUUUCACAUCUGUUCUGGUAGAUGCCGAAGAGAUGAUUCUAAGUCCUGGCAACUCACUGGUCCUGGUCUUCCCAUAUGAAGACAUCUACAAAAACAGCAUUAAAUCUUGGUGCCAAGGAGCUGAUUGGAGUACAUGUAUGACUGUUGUUAAAACUGAUGGAACAGAGGAAGCGGUGAAGAAUGGCAGAACCACCAUCAAAGACAACCAAACAACAUUUCAAUUAACAGUCACCCUAGAGAACCUCAUAGAAAAAGAUACCGGGAAGUAUUGGGGCAUCAUAGAAAAAGAAGAAUUACGCAUUUUAUACUAUGUAUCUCUUCAAGUUCUUCCAGCCGCUUUAGUUAAUGCAUCAUUGGAUGAUAAAGAAGAUCUGAUUUCAGUGAACAUCAUCCAUCAGAUGACCUCUACAAGCAGACCACAAUACACAGUAACCACUGAAAAAUCAACUAGCAUUGAGCUCAGCAGUUCCUCCUUUCCCAUCCUGGAUUCCAGAUCCUUAAGUUACCCGAUUUAUUUGCCUUUCCUGAUUUCGGUUGGCUCGAAAAUGCUCAUCUUCUUGUGUCUGGGCUUUGCAAUGUAUAGAAAGAACAGACGAUCAUCUGAUCAUGUGGCUUCUGAGACACCUUCAUGA